AACAAGAAACGCUGCCUCUUAAAUGUCAGUUGACGGUGGUGUUGGUCUCUCAGCCACAGAUCAUUGAUGAGCUGUGAUACCGCAGGAAAACAUUCCGGAGAUGUUCUAAUAAUGAGGUGACUUUUACUGAAGGUUGUGAAAUUGUGCAAGCCAUGCCUUUUUUGGAAUUCAUAGCUGGGAGCAUUUCAGGUGCAGUGGGACUGGCAGUUGGACAUCCAUUAGACACUGUGAAGGUGCGUCUGCAGGCUCAGUCAACGUACAAAGGGAUACUUCACUGUGUGGCUAAAACAUACUCUCAUGAAGGGAUCCGUGGAUUCUUUAAGGGCAUGGCGUUCCCGGUGCUGACCACCGGCAUCACCAACUCUGUUGUCUUUGGCUCUUACAGUAAUGCCUUAGAUUACCUCACUCAGUCUAAGCGCAGUGACCGCACUCAAGACAAACCAGCUUCUGCUGCACAGGUCUUCACCGCCGGCUGCUUCUCAGGUCUGGUGCAGGUGUUUGUGUGUGCACCCAUUGACUUGGUGAAGGUGCGUCUGCAGGGUCAGACAACCGCUGACCGAUACCGUGGACCCUUUCACUGUGUCACUGUGAUCCUGAAGGAGGAAGGACCCAGGGGUCUGUUCAGAGGAGGACUGGCCCUUGCCCUGAGGGAUGUACCCUGCUACGGACUCUACUUUCUGCCUUAUGAGGUCACUCGUAAGGCUCUGACAGAGAGCGGCAAACAACCAGGCACGUUUGCGAUAUUGAUGGCCGGUGGCGUGGCGGGCGUGGUGACCUGGUCCUUUGCCACGCCCAUGGACGUGGUGAAAGCGCGGCUCCAGAUGUCAGGGGCUGGCGGGCGUGAGUACAGCGGGGUCCUCCACUGCAUGAGAGUGAGCGUGCGAGAGGAGGGACUGAGGGUGUUUUUUAAAGGCCUCCUGCUGAACAGCCUCAGGGCCUUCCCUGUCAACGCCGUCACCUUCCUCAGCUACGAGAGUCUGAUGAAAAUUUUCUGUCCUCCGGUCAGGUGACCUCUCUCCUCCUGAUAGUGAAUGUGUUCAUGCUUUGCCUUGCAAAUUCAAAGAUCUUCCUGCAGUGAGGAGAUUUCAAUACACACCAUCAGACUGUAGGUCAGAUAUUCUCAGGCUUACUUCAUGUUACCAGCUGAAACUGUCUCAGGUUUACACUCUUUUCUUUUAAAGAUGAUGAGUGUUGAAGUACUGUUUUUAAGGUCAGGAUAGGUCAACUCUCACCUGGCUGCCUGAACACACUUUGAGGACUGUUUGAUGAAACUGUUGAAGCUGCUGUGAAGUCCUCUGUCAGGUUUCAGCUGCUCGUAUUUACUGGAGACCAAAUCCAUUUUACUUGACAAAUUGUGAAUGUAAACACUGUAACUUUGUUGCAUAUAAGACAACACCAUGUUCUACAUGUUAUUGACUGUAGGUUUAUUUUUUUUAUUUCAAAGCAUUUUACCCCUGUCAACUGGACACAAACACAAAAUGAUUUCUUAAUAAAUAAACAAUACAAAGACUGUCACUGACUUCAUUCUUGGGGAGCGGCCCAGUGUGGACCCCACAGGCCACAUGUAGAUGAUAAAUAUGGAUAGGUAGAGCAUUAUAAGAUGUCACUGAUAAGAUGUUCUGCUAUGUGAGGGAGGGUCCUCACCACUCAUUCUUUAUGUUUCAGGUGGUGGUUGGAGUUGAAAUUGUUGAGAUUUAAAAUGACAGCUGAAUAAUCUCCAUGACAACUGAGCAAACUUGACUGCUGAUAAAGGCCAUGAGAUGUGGCUGAAAACAAUCCAGUACUGGACCUUGAAUUAAAGCAGCUAUAAUCAAUAUUUUUAUGUUAAAAAUGAAUCAAAUGAUGGAGUUUCAUGUGAAGAGGGUUGCUUGUAAUGACAAAUUCAGAGAAAAUGAUCACCUGACUCUAUCCCCUCCCAGCUUACUGAGCUGUUUACCUUUUUUACUGUGUUAAUUCACUCCCACUGCUCGCAGUGUUUACCCAUUGAACACUAUUUGUUCUUAACCACAAAGCAGAUACAGUUAGUAACUAGCUGAUGAACACAGGGGAGCAUUUAGUAACUGAAGAUAUUUCCCUCAAGAGUUGGUGGAGACCAAAGAUAGAACAGGAAGGAGGAGGUGGAUAAUGGCUGAGCAGACAGAAACAGGAUUCCAGAUGAACGCUAACACUGAUCCAUGUUUGCUAACACGUUCAUCACAUUCACGUGAACUUUCAAGUCCAACAUGAAUAUGAUGUUUACACAUACCAACAGGAUAAAGGGGUAUUUCUAACAGGAUCCUGAUGUGCAUGUUGAUACUGGCUGAUGAUCGAAAUAUAAAAAACACUGACAAGGUGCUGAAGAGAAAAUACAUUUACAUCACAGAAUAUUUUUUACAUCUAUGAUUUGCACGUUCCCAAACAUACAGUUCAUAAGCGCUCUGUCCUCUACACCUUCCACAUGUGAACCUUUGAUGAUACAGUACAAAUACACAGAAAAUCUGCCUCUUGAGGCAGCGCCUCCAUUACUUACUAUGGAAGAUUAGUGUAAAAAGACAUAUUCAAACAAAGCAAAGCUCAUUCCUGGAGUUUUAGAGACGCUUUACAGAGAACCAACUCCUCAGACAAAAACAGGAAACAGACAAGUAGAAUGAACAUGUUUGUUAUGUAAAAAAAAAUAAUAAUAAUAA